AUGAGAACCGCUGAAAUUGGGCCUUAUCUCAUGUGUAUGAAGCAGUUUUUGGAAGCGUUUUCCCCGAUGGGUUUUUGGAGAAUUUUACAGAAGUUUGAAGUAUGUUCGAAACUUUCCUCGGUCAACGCAUAUGUUCAUAUGUUGGAGAGCUAGAAAGCCUGGGACAAGGAUGAAAGCACAAGUGCCCAAAUAAAGAGUUCGAAGAAGGACAGAAACAAGAAGAUCCAGAAGAAGAUUCGAAGUGAUGCAAUGAUUUUUGAGUUUCUGAGGUAAGGUGUUCAACGGGCGCGAUCCAUUCAACCAAAAUUCCAACCGGUCCGACCGGAAAAAGUGGUCCACCUCAAAAGGUGGACCAGUUUUUUCGAAACUUUUCCGGUUGGACCGAACCGAUCCAUUGAGUUUUGGACCGAAAUUUCCGGAAGUUUUGGUUUAAUGGAUCGCGCCCGUUAUUUGCAGUUCUUUCAAAAGGCUUUUUUAUAUAAAGGAUUAGAGUCAUAGUACAGAUGAGCUCAAGCUAAGCUAGGCUAGCUGUUUUUAUAGAUCUUGGAAGUUGUGAGCUUUUUUGAUUUUGCUGCAAAUGGUAAGUUAACUUACCGAACCGGGCAUGUAAAAAAUGACCGUAACAAGACAAAAAAAUGAAGCAUUGUUCAUGGGGAUUUUGAAGCCUUCCUUUAGAAAAUAAUUUAUAAACACUUGAUUUUAGAAAAUGAGAACCUGUAUAUUUGUAUGAGGGCCCUCAAAUUAGCAAAUUUAGGGAUUAGUGCAGUCAUUCAGGCAGCCGACUGCAUGACUCCCUGAAAGUGUCUAACUAUGUGGAAAUUCAUUGUGGAUGUAUUGUGCUUUUGAUUAGGAAGAUGACGCUGUUAGACGUUUUUGGAUCAAAAUUCUGCAAGAAAUGUGAGUGCAGUUUAGCCUAAUUUCAAUUUUUUAUUCGGUCAACUCUCUAAGAUAGACACCUCUGAGAUCAGAAAAAAAAGGGGUCUGUCUUAAAGGAGCUGGGUCACGAAAUUCAGCCAAAUUAGGAAACUACAAAAUGCUCGUUAAAACUUUAAAGGAAGGUUAAUAUAACGUAACAGAAACAACAGAUGCCACGGAUGGGCACAACUGAAGAAGAUUGAAACGGAUUGAAAUUAGGGUUUUUGAAAACUGUUCAGCCUAACAGUUUUUCAAAGUUGAUCCCUGCUGCUUGCAACUUCAAAAAUAAUGCUCAGGAGACAUAUUUGUUUGUCACGGAUCUCUGAAUUUGUCAUUUACAUGUAAUUUCUUUGCUUACUUUAAGUUCUAUAGCGAUUGAGGGGAGUGAUUGGCAAAAUUAAACAAAAUGAACUGGACUGCCGUGACACAGCCCCUUUAAAGAGAUGUCUGGGAGUAAAGCAGAGCAGGGACCAGCUCUAGGUGUCCAAUUUAUGGUGUAGAGAGAUGUCUGUUAAGGGAUUUUGUAUUUUAAAAUAAAGCAUGAGUGCUACAGUAGUCUUACAAUAUUGUAGAAAGAGGCCUUUUUGUGGGUGUGAGGGUACAUAUGUCCCUAUUCAAUUUACUGAAUUGACUGAAUUUUUUGCAUUUUUGCAUAACUUUCAGUAUUCAGCCCAUCGUUAAUUGUGUUUGAUAUCAUUUAGUCUUCUGUUGCUGUUUCAAGGCGAGGUUGCUUAUCAAAAUUUUACCCUAUCAGAGCCUCUAGAAGGUGGGCUAUUCCAAUAUUACAGGUAAAAUGUUAACCUACAAAGAAAUACUGAUACCAGUGGGGUUAAUGUUUUCAUACUCACACAUUGAAUACGUUAGGCCCGCUUAAGGCAGCACACAGAAACUUUUGGUAUACAGCUAAACCCCAUGACUCAGAACCUGGAUUUUAAGAGCCUGUUAGGCCGAAAAUGAGCCAGUUAAGGCCCCCCUAUAUAAGAACCUGUUUAGCCUAAAAUUUGAAACAGGUUCUUAUCUUCUAAAAUCUAUGGAAAAAAUUCUGUACACUUAGGUAAAUAUCAGAUUAGUCAACAUUCAGAAUGCUCUUUGGAGACAUAGGUGCCUUGUCACUCCAACUGAAAUUUAUAUGCCAAUGACGUCAAUGCUUUAGUUCCUCUUUUUAAUUUAUAGUCAUUUUUACAUAACUUCUAAUUUGGUAUGCAGUUUUUUUUUCCUGGGAGAGGGUGUCUGUACAAAGUGUCAAGGCCACCACAUUGUCACUGCAUGAGCAUUGUGUGACAUAGCAUCUCAUGUAAGAGUUAAACAAACUUAUCUGAACAUUGUACCCUUUUGAAAGACUUUUGUAACAAGAAAAAUGAGUACCAUUUUUAAAUCGGGGCUGUAACUUUUCAAAUUCCACCAUUAUGAAUAAAAGAAAGUAAGUAAGCCAUUCUAAGCAGGAAACAAUAAGUGUUAUUUUCACGCACCCCUCCUCCAAUCCUUCUGCCCCCCAAAAUAAAGUGUUACAGUAUUACGUGACUGAUUUGACCUAACCAGAAAUUCCAAAAAUAUUGUCGUUCUACAGGUCAUAAAACGCCGUUAACAAGCAGUACAUUUCUCAAUUCUGGUUCUUAAAACUAACAAGGCAAAUUAAAUUUAAGUUUCAUUUUUGUCUGAUAUUGCAUUUAAAGCCUUUCUUUCUUUCUUUCUUUCUUUCUUCCUUUCUUUUAUAGGCAGUGUGAAAAGAGGCAAAUAAAAAGAACUUUGAUCCAUUAUGUAGUUUCAGGUUGAUUAUCAAACUAUUAUUAAAAUAAUGAAGCAGCUGUGCAUGCUGAAGACCUUACACAAAAUAAUGUACUCAUACAGUGUAUAACAAAAAUCUACACUGCUUGGUUUGGUCUGUUUUAUGAAGAAUAGUGCACUGCGAGGGUACCACAUUUUAGCUGAAUUAUAUAUGCUAAAAUGUAGAUUUUUCAAUAGGUGAGUUAGAUAGAAUUCACUCUCCCUCCCUGGUUAAAUAUCCAGUAUUAAAUACCUUUAUUAUUCUCAGCUUUUUUUUUCUGCAAAAAUUUGUCAUUUUUUUUUUUCUGUAACCUAGCCUCCCUCACAGUAUUUGUAGGGGAAUUGUACAGUAUAUCCUCCCUUCCCACAAAAUGUCUGCUUAACCGACAUCAACAUUUCUAAUUUCCAUGUGGUACAUGUAACCAAUCAACAGUGAGAGGUAUUAUCUUUAAUUUUUCCAAACUUCUGCCUUAAGAGCUGUGGGCACUGUGUAGUGAGUAAAAAGCAAUUUAUUACUCUGCUAAGUGUGACAAACUCCUUUGUUCAACUUUAAUUUUUUAUGUUUCCUUUCUUUAAAGUGGAAUUAUAUUAACAGGAAUUCUGCCAAAUUUCAUCAGAUUCUAAUGAGUAGAUUUUGAUAUUUUGUCAUUUGUUAACAUAGCCUAUGAAAGUCAACAAGAGUAUAUGUACAAUAUGCCCAAAACUUGUGCAAGCACUGAGAUCACCAUGUGAUAUGAGAAAGUGAUGAAAACUGAAUAAAUUUGUUCUGACAAUUUCUGGGCAUUUUUCGCAGCUGGCCCUCAAUUUUUUUCUUGAAAAUCCCAUUAGCUUCAAUGUUCUCUUGAUAAAGAUGUAUCAGGGAGUCUUUUAGUGGAUGCAGCUUUAUGUAAUAGAAAGUGCAUGUGUUCAACUUCCUGUACUAAAAGCUUCAAAAAACUCUAACAAAUUGGGAAAAAAAUAAUAGAAUCCAUCAGUAAGGAGAUCUGUGCAAUUCACUAAGAAUAAAGUUGUUGAGAUUGGACGGGGAAACAUACAAUUCACAAGACAAAGCAACCUUCAACGGCAAAGUCUUGACACAUGGGCUUCUUAUACUUCUUAAUAUAAUACUGUUCAGAAUGAAAUGCAGACUUCUGCCAAUUGCUGCUUUGUCCUGAUAGCACAAACUCACAUCUUGUCAAUGAUUAUUUAUUGUGAGGAUAUCUUUGUUCAUUUGUAUACUACUGUACACACUCUCUGUAACUGUAUAGAUACAUGUAAUAACAGUUCUCUUGUCCAUGAAUUUUAGAAUGUUAAUUUGAAUAAAAAAAACAGUUCUUGAGUUAUAUUUUCUUUUUAUUUUCAUUUUUUGUACAGGCAUGAACGAAACCAGGGAUUAAAAGAAGCAAACAAAGUCUUGGAUUGGCUGGUAAGCUUCAUUCAUAUGUAUUUUCCCUGUAAUGCUCUAAUGGUUAAAUAAUUUAUUGUUCUUUGUUUAAAUGUUGCCUUUUUUUAUGCAGGGCUCGAAAUUCACGGUAACCCGUUAACCAACGGUUAGUAAUUUUCAACGUUUGGUUACUAAAGAUGUGUCCAACUAACCUGACAUGGUUAGUAAAAAUUUUCUUAAAUAUUUAAAUUAUGUUAUGGAAAUAACCUUUUUACAAGUAAAUGUUUUUAGGAACGAUUUUUGUGUUGUUUUCUUGCAUAAGAUUGUUUUCUGUGUCAACAAUUUGUUCUCGCCAUCUUUGCGAUCAAAUCGAACUUUUCAGACCUUUUGAGCGCUAAGGUCCUGGAGACGAGUUUGUGUCGAAUGUGGGGAUCUGGACACUACAAUAUCGGAUACGCCAUCUUUGCUUCGAAAUUACUGUUUGCGAGGUUAACUGGCAGUUUGGCAUUGAAUUAUGCAGAGUUCUUUGGAUAGAUUUAUUAGAAAUAGGCAGGCUCCAGCUGAAAGUAACUGCGGUGAAGAAGAAGAAUGUCAAGAAAAGGAACCAAAGACAACAGAAGAUAUGGAAGACUCGAGCUCCCGGAAGCGUUACGAAGAAAAGAGGAAACAAGAGGGCCAAUCAUUUCGACAGGAGUGGAAGAAAACAUUUGCGUCGCUUCAGUUCGACGAGACUAAGGUCACCAUGCAAUUUCGACUACUUUUUAAUUUGUUCUAGUGGUUAUUGACAAAAUGUUCAAUAUUUGAGAUUUCAAGAUUGUCAAGAUUUUUUAGUUGUGAGCUUGGAUACCAAACUUUAUAAUUUGGUUAGUAAAAAACAUGUCUACUAACCCAAAGGGUUAGUGAUCCAAAAAUUAAAUUCGAGCCCUGUUUUAUGGUGUGCAUGAAAAAUGCAUUAGCAAAGAAUAGUAACUACUAGAUAAAGUUAUGGUAAGAUGAUUUAUCACUCAAAAUCUUGUGCCAGCCUAGUGAAACAUCUUGGUGGCUGUUGAUUGGGUUCGAGAAGUAUUUAGAAGUUGUGCAAAAUUUCCAUCUGAUCACAUACAACAAAGAAGGUCUACCAGGAAAAAAAUUAUGCAUUUUUUCUGGAGACUGACUUUUCACAGAGGACACUUGCUGUCAUUAAAUUCUCAACAACAUCAAAACUCUCAGAGACUCUGCACAAUUUUAUGAUUAGUGUAACAAUAGCAGUCUCAAACGCUUAAUAAGGACAAACUCAUCUGGACGAGGUUGACAGCUUCAAAUAUCUGGGCGCAAUCGUCACAGAUCAGAGUUCCAAGCCUGAAGUACUGUCCAGAAUUGCACAGACAACAGCAGCACUAGCGAGGCUGAAGACCAUCUGGAGUGAUAAGUAUAUCUCUCUAAGCUCAAAGAUCAGACUAAUGCGCUCCCUAGUUAUCUCUGUACUAUUAUACGCCUGCGAAACCUGGACAUUGACAGCGGACAUCCUGAAGAAAUUGCAGGCCACUGAGUUGAGAUGCUUUCGGAAACUGCUUGGCAUCUCAUACAGAGAUCACGUCACUAACGAUGCAGUCAGAGAAAGAAUCAGGCAAGCCAUUCGGCCCUAUGAUGAUAUCUUAACCACUGUAAAGAAACGCAAGUUAAAGUGGUUUGGGCAUGUAUCAAGAUCAGUACAUUACUACAAAGCCUUCGGUUGGGUCACUCUCACUGAAGUACUUGAGCACGGGCACUUUGGAGACAGCAUCUUUUAUCUUAUCAAAGGUAUCUUUCUGUUUGUGAGUCCAAUUCCAUUCAGCUUUCUUGUGUGUUAGACGGCACAGUGGCUCACACAGUUCUGAUAGGUCUUGUAGGAACUUAGACAGAUACUUCACAAGCCCAAAGAAUCUCUGCCGGUCGCUCCAUCUUAAUUAUUGCUUUGACUUUUUUAGGAUCUUCUUUAAGCCCAUUCCUUGUCACUACAUCCCCGAUAAAUGACACGUCACUGCACUUUAAAUGGAACUUCUCCUUGUUCAGCUUGAUAUUUGUUGCUCUGCAACGAUCGAGGAGGUUCGUCAGAUUUUGGUUGUGGUCACGGUCAGCCUUUUCAUCAGUGUCCACCAUUCCAAUGAUAAGUAGCAGCACCUAAUAAAAUUAAUGUGUGGACAGCAAGUUCUACUAACCUCUUCUAGUCCUGCUACAUGUGCUAGGUCGUCUGUGAAUUCAAGCUUGGUAAGAUCUCGCAUACAGUAGGUUGUCUUCUGCUCUGACUACGCUGAUUCGGUAGACCUCACUUAUUUAGUCUGUUGAGGAACAGAUUCAGAAAGUAGUUUAGCACAAUAAUGAAAUAACAGGAGCAAGGUUGUAACCUUAGUACCUUGCUGUCUCAUCAAAGAAUGUGGUUUCUUCUCAGGACCAAUUGAGUAGUCUCAGUUUCCUCAUAUAGUGACUUUACCUCAGCAGCAAUUGGUUAAAGUUGAAGUGGAAGUGUGUCAGACAUUUCUUACCUGCUUACGUGUUCAACACUUUCCUGCCUACGUUUUCUACCUCACGUUAUUAAUAAACCUCUUUAUUAUAGACUCGAUCUUAUUUUGCAAGAAAACAUAUUCCAGUUUAGCAAACAAUUUAACCCUUGCCUUGGCAGGGCUAAAUGGCAGAAAGAUGACCACUGCUUUUUUUUAAUCUUGUGUUCUCUUAAAGGAACUCAAGUUCAGAUGAAUGUAAGAGGUUUCUUGAUAGGCAAAUAAGUUCUGCUCUAUUAUAUUGAAUUCACAGCUGCUAUGUUAGAAAAACAUUUUCCAUACUGCAAGAGUAGUGUAGGAUAUUACAAGAGACAGUACCCUACAGGAAGUUCUUUUUAUAGGUCUAUGACUGGAAAAAGUUUGAUGUUUUUGGAUCCCUAGUCAAUUAUGGGAGGUGUUCACUUACAAUGUACAAGAGUUGGUUUCAGAUGGAACUUAUCAUUAUCAGUUAUGUUAUGGGGAAGGGA